AAAUUUGGCCCAAGGAGAAUCCGACCUAGCAGAAUAGUCUGUAUAUAAAUAGCGUCGAUAAAACGAGAAACCUUUUCCGCCUUUUGGCUGCCGCCUCCUCCAGUUUCCUCCGUUUCGACCCGACUGUACGAAUUAGAUCCGAGCAAAGAGCACUCACCAAUGUUAUCUCUCCACUCCAUUUGAUUUCUUGUAUCAAUUAUUUGUAAUCGAAUUAGUCUGAGGGACGAUACUGCGCUACCAUGGGGGAUUACAAUGAUGCCUUCAUGCGAAACCAAAACGCGGCGGUUCAGGCUCGUACUAAGGCCCAGAAUCGUGCCAAUGUCCUUCAACUCAAACUGAUUGGGCAGAGUCAUCCCACUGGUCUUACGGCCAAUCUCCUGAAGCUCUUUGAGCCCCGACCGCCUUUGGAGUUCAAACCUCCACCGGAGAAAAGAAAAUGUCCACCAUUAACAGGGAUGGCCCAGUUUGUGAGUAGUUUUGCAGAACCUGAUGACCCGGAAUAUGCACCCCCUGUUCAAAAGGGUGAAACUCCGGCAGAAAGGAGGGCCAGAAUUCACUUGCUCAGAAUUGAAAAGGGUGCAGAGAAAGCUGCCGAGGAGCUGCCAAAAUAUCUUGAACGUGAUGAUCCAAAUGUUACCGGAGAUCCAUACAAAACACUCUUUGUGGCUAGGCUGAAUUAUGAGACAACUGAGAGCAGAAUCAAAAGAGAGUUCGAGUCUUAUGGGCCAAUCAAGCGGGUCCGAUUGAUUACGGACAAAGUGACAGGUAAACCUAAAGGCUACGCUUUCAUUGAGUACAUGCACAAAAGAGAUAUGAAAGCCGCAUAUAAGCAAGCUGAUGGUAGGAAGAUUGAUGGUAGGAGGGUACUAGUGGAUGUAGAACGAGGUAGAACAGUACCAAAUUGGCGACCCCGCCGGCUGGGUGGUGGUCUUGGAACUACGAGAGUGGGAGGUGAAGAAAAUAGCCAGAGGCACUCUGGAAGAGAACAACAACAGGCUGGUGCACCAUCUAGAUCAGAGGAGCCUAGGGCUCGUGAAGAUCGCCAUGCAGAGCGAGAUAGGGAAAAGUCUUAUGACAAGGGAAGAGACCGAGAAAGAGAUAGAGAGAAGUCUCGUGAACGUUCCCAUGAGAGAUCUAAGGACCGUGACGUCAGAGAGGACAGGCAUCACAGAGAUCGUGAUAGGACUAGGGAUAGAGAUAGGGAUAGGGAUAGAGAGAGAGAUCGUGGCUAUGACCGUGAUAGAACACGUGAUCGAGGAAGGGAUCGAGGUCGUGACCAUGAUCGUGACAGAGAUCGAGAUCGGGAUCGUCAUCGGGAUAGAGAUAGGGAGAGGGAUCGGGAUCGGGAUCAUGAAGGAGGAUAUCCAGACCCUGAUCGUGGUCGCUCCCAUGAUAGGGACGAUUAUGAUCGGAUUGAAUCAAAAUAUGAAAAGGAUAGACAUGGUGAUAGGGACAGGGAUAUUGAUCAUGCUGAAACUGAGGAUGGUCGUGGGUGGUAUGAUCAGCCUGAACAUGGGCACAGACACCCAGAUACUGAUCAUGAUCCCCAGUACUAUGAUCACUUUGAACAUAACCGAAGUCGAGGGCAAUAUGAUCACUCAGAAGGCCAUCGUGACCAAGAUCGUUAUGAUCAGUAUGAUGAUAGAAUGGAGGAUGAUUACCCUUAUGAACGUGGCACUUCUGAAUCACAUGAUAGAGAGAGGUCUCGUGAUUUGAAUCAUGAAUAUAAGCGCAGUGAGAGAUCCCAUUCGAGAGAGUACUAGUGGCGGUGCGUUCUGCUGGUUAAAGAUGACAUCAAAGUUCAUGAAAAUAUUAUGUUGCGGCUGUGUUCGGUGUGGGGAUUGUCGUCUUCUUUUAAUUGACCUAUAGUUGCUCAAACAAACAUCUUGAUAUGCCUGAUGCUGUAUGUUGGAAGUUUCAGUUUCAUCGUUGAUGCUGUAUGUUCUUGGAAGUUUCAAUUGCAGAUUUUUGCACAGUUUAUUUAUGUGCUAAAACUCCUUCGACUUAAUGACAUGUGUAUUAGUUUGGGACCGUGAUUUUUAAGCGCCGAGAGUGGUUAUAAAACGUUUUUGUAUGCUUCAUUCGA